ACUUCAGUUCAUAGUAUGAGUCAAGGCAGGUGAGCCAAUACUUUUGGUAAUAUAGUGUAUGUGGACUAUGGAUUGUACCAGCUUUUGUUUUAAAUGCAUCCAUUUCUUUCUUUUUUUUUACAUAAAGAGUAUCACUGUUGACGAUGUAUCCAUCAAUGAGAGGAAAACCUCCACAGCCUGGCUCCGUCUGCUUCACUGGGUCAGAGUCAGAGACCACGUGUACCAUAAACCCCAUUAGAGUAAUGUAAAUAAACACUGAUAAAUACUAUAUAUAAAUCCCAGCAUUUAUGUCAUUCACAUUUUCUCUUGGUUGAAGUUAUAUAUAAAUAUCUGCUUUAUUUUUCACGGUAAAUUGAUGCAUGUCUGAAACCCUGGGAGGUUGAGAUAGAAGUGACCUUAACAUUUCCCUGUUAUUCAACAACUUACUGAAUACUGCACACAGACUUUACUACAACCACCUGAACUGGUUUCUAGAAAUCCUUUUUAAAUCGGAGUGGCUUGAUUUGCAUUGGUAAUAAAGGUAAUCGUUAAAACUGUUACAUGAUGACAAAGAUUAAUUUACUUAUGUCACUAUUUAAAAAAGAAAUCGAGAGGCUUUAACCUGCGGUCAUAGAGGUAGAAAAGGGAGGGGUUUAUACAAAGUAAAUAUAAAGCUGUUGAUGAACAUAGAUUGAACACAUUUAAAAAAAAAACAAACUGAUGUGUAUGUCACUCUAUAUUUGGAAUACUAUCCUAUUUUAAAAAAUACACAGAACCAUAUGUGUGUCACCGCUGUUUCUAUUACGUUUCCGGAUUCGGUUUCGCAACCUGACUUGGCUGCUGACGUCAGAGACACGGAACCCUGAAGGAACCUCACCUGCGGCUGAAGUAGAAGGAGGGUUAGAAGUCGCGACAAGUCAUUUUAAUAGUUGUUUAUUAUCGUCCGCGUUUAGUUGUUUGUUUCACUUUUGACCGCAGUUGAGCUAAACUCGAGUUCAAUCAAACAAAAACUUCUUUCAUUUUCAAAAAGUCCAAACUGUCCGACGUUUCCGGGUUGGGAUUUGAUCCAGGAUCGGACCCUGGAUCGGUUUUAGGAUCAGCUGACUGCGUCAACCAGGAUAUGGACGUGGAGCUGAUAACCCUCCCGGCUAAUGGGAACAACGGCAAAUCGAUUUCUAAUGACCGGAUAACAGCUGAGAACGGUGCGGACGUUACGUGUGAAGUCACAGAGAGAGACAGUUUGCUCAAAACGCAUGCUGCAGGUAAUCAAAAUGGAGAUAUUCCUGUCUCCAAUUCUGACGUAGAAGCUCAGAGGACUGUGGAAAAUGCCCACUCCUGUCCAGAGAGCACAGCACGCAGGAUUUGGGAAGAGUUGAAUGACACGCCCUUCUCCAAAGUCAGACUAUGGAUGAUCCUCAUUUUCCUUCUGGUCAUCAUCGUGGCUAUAAUAUUAUUUUCUCUGUGGAUUUGUUCAGUAAUUCACGAGGACGUAGAUGAAAAAUUUGACCCUUCGCUGUUUCAAGUUCCUCUACAUUUCAACGGCAGCUUUCAGCUUCCGAACCAGGUGUUCACAGAAGAACUCUUCACCUUGUCAACCAACGAGAGCAUAGUUCUCACCACCGACCUGGAAGAUAAGUUGGCUGACCUUUACAGAUCCUCCCCUGCUCUGGGAAGGUACUUCUCCAAGGCUGAGGUUUAUUCUUUGAGAAACGGUUCCGUCAUUGCUGAUUACCAGCUGACAUUCCUCCUGCCUGAAGAGCAGCAGUUUGAACUGCAAAACUUCACCCUGAGCAGGGAGAUGGUCUACAACGUGCUGAGACAGUCUCUGUACGAUCAGGAGACAGACGGCUCUGCACCCAUGUACAUUUACCCCCGCUCGCUGCGGAUGUUUUGAAUUGCUCUUGUGACAAGAACCAACAUGCAGCCCUGAAAAACUGGAGUAUCCUGAUGUCAGGUUUCUAUGGUGGGAAGUGAGCAUGUGAUUUUUUUUUAAAGCCGUGUGAUUUUUGUGUCAUGCAUCUUCACCACAGGAACACAAUUCAUGACUUCCUGUGUCAAGGAUGUCAUUGUGGGUUCAUGUAAACGAUCAAGACGUUUGUAUUUAUCUUUGUAAAAUACAUUUGAAGGACCUCAAAAUUUACAAAAAAAUUUACAAGAACAAUUCUCAGAACCAUUCUCUGAACCGAAAGCUUUAGCCUUGAGAGUCUUUGGAGGUGCAGUAGAAUGCUCCAAGCCUCUGGAGCAUGUGAGUCAUAGCAGCUGGUCUUGAAGUUCAGUUUCACUGAAGACGCCUUAUUAACGAGAAGUGAAAUGUCUAAAAAUGAAUCUUCCAGUGUAGUUGUUACUGAGUCACAUUAUUCAAAGAACCACAACUAAAAAAAAAAUCAAUAAGUCACCCUUCCUUGACCCUCUAUUGUACUUUUAGAAACUCUGUCAAUGACGCAGCAACAGCAGUUUCAGUUUUGUUUAGAGAGUUCACUGUACGUGAUCAGAGUGGUUUUAACUCUAAUAAGUAUUUUGGUUUUAACUGUUUUUUUUAAUUGUCUUCCAAAAAGAGUAUUGUUUUUAAGUCUGAUGUUUUUUACCUUCACAUUUCAUGGUUUGCAAGGUAAAAAAAAAGUAUUUUUGUCCAGACGCCAAAGUUUCAGAUUAGACUUAAUUAUAAAAAAAAGUUGCAAUCUGUUGCAAUCAGUUCGAUGGUUCGUCUGUGAACCUAGAGGUUGUUUGUUUCGCUUUUGAUUCCAUGGCCAUUAUCACACCUGCUUUACAUGCAGAAACCACAUACUUCAUAGCGCCUCUCGUGCCGGCCUGUGGGUGUUACAAAGACUCAGGCUGCACAUUUUCCCCAUUAAGGAAGGAAUAAGGAACUACCUUUUUUUGUUUUUGGUUCAUGAAUUAAAGGCAGCAAAUGCCUUGAAUUUAUAUUUUUUUCCAUAUUUACAGAUUUGUCAUUCAUGGUAUGCACCAUUUAUUGAGCUAAUGCUAAGUUGUUAUAAGCUUCUGAGCUGUGGAUCAUUAGCAGGUGUCUGCUCCGUGUUAGCCUGAGACACGGAGAUGUGCCAGAAGAUCUUUAAGCCAGUUCUGUGCAGCUUUGGCCUUAGGUGGUUUAUUAUCAUUCAAAACCUAUUUAUCCUGAGUAUUAUUAGACACUUAAAGCUGUAAUUAUUUAUAUUUAUUUCCAUUGAGUGUUUUGAGGAAAACCAAGAUCAAUGGACAUUUAGAUUGAAUUUAAUGUCCGUAAGUAUUUUUGUCACCAUGAGACACUGUGAAAACACUGGUCCUCAAAUGGGAGGGCAAACAAAUAUGAGUAAAUGAAGAGGCUGAAGGUAAACAUGAGGGAAAAUGGUUCAUGUGAAACCAUCACAUGUGGCUUUAACUCCAAAAAUGUUGAGUUGGUUGAUGAUGUAAAGAGUCGUACACUGUAGAAAAUGAUCACUUUAGAAAAUGUUUCCAGCUACGGUGUAGUGUGUGCCUUAUUUGACGCCUGAUUGACACAUAAGUAGAUACAGUUAGACUAACGCAACCUUUUGUUGAAGGUUGAAGAUCAUUUGCUGUAACUACUAAUCAAAAGCUAAGAGAGACCACAGACCACUGGUGCCAAAUUUCUGGCCCGGGGGCCAGAUGUAGUUCAUUUACAGAUAUUGAAGUAAUCGACCUGCUGGGAUUUUGAGCACUCAGGGCCAUAAAAGACAAUUUCAGCGAUGUCACCUACAGAUUGAAAUCCUAUUCUGUUAAAAAAGCCCUAAAACCAAAGAGUAAUUGUCUCUAUAUAUGGCAUGGUGCAAUAUAUUGCUGUAGACACCUAUAACGUUUAUACUCCAGAGCCAAGUUAUAUUUUUAGUGAUGCAAAUGUAAGGGGACAACAGGCGAACUGUGCAUCAGUUCUAGUUUGUUUCUAUUGUAUUAAAGAUUUUUUUUUAUGUGAUUUAUUAUUAUUUUUCUAUGCAUAUAUUCCUCAUGAAUCAAGUACUGUAAGUACUUGUAAUUGCUGAUUGUGAUUGCUGUGAUUAGUUGUGCUGUGGGAUGAGGGUGUCAGAUGAGGUCAGAUCACCGUCUGUGUCCCGUCACCGUGUCCUCAUGUCUGCUCUGUAACAGGAUCGCAGCUGGGAUUAAUGCUAUUUCAAAUCAGCUGCUAACAAACACCAGAUGGUCGUUAAUUAGCACUGAUAGAACUUUAUCACUCGUUUAUCACAAGUUCAUUUCAUAAUCGGAUCAAUAGGAAUGCAAUAAGUUGAUUCGAAAUGAGUGAAAGACAGAAUGUUGUGUUUGUUUUAAAAGAAUAUAUUUUUUGAAAUAAAGUUUUUUUCACUUUUGCU